AUGGCUCAACUCAAGUUUGCAAUCCUUGAUGAUUAUCAGGGCAUUGCACCUGCCUAUUUCACUCACCUCGAGUCGCAAGUUGACAUUUCCAGUUUUCCCGAAACCCUCGACCCCCGCGAUCCUGUACAACACGAUGCUCUUGUCCAACGACUCCUUCCCUUCGAUAUCAUCUUGGCCAUGCGCGAGCGAACACCUUUUGCAGCCAAGACAAUUGCGGCCCUCCCAAAUUUGAAACUUCUUUUGACCACGGGUACCCGCAACCUGGCGCUCGAUCUCGAGGCGUUUACACGUUCCAACGUGGCCGUCGCAGGUACCGAGGGCCGCCCACCCGGAGUUAAUUCGACGGUGCAGCAUACAUGGGCUUUGAUCUUGGGACUUGCUCGAAAUAUAGCACGCGAUGAUGCAGCUGUCAAAUGCGGCGCAUGGCAGGGCUCCCUUGGGGUCAACUUGUCUGGGAAAACACUGGGGCUGCUUGGCUUGGGAAAAUUGGGGUCAGAAGUAGGAAAAAUUGGCGCUCUGGCUUUUGGUAUGAAGAUUCUCGCAUGGUCAACAAACUUGACACAGGAAAAAGCCGACGAGCAAGCGCAGGCUCAGGGUCUGCCAGCGGGGACAUUUGUCGUUGCUGCGUCCAAGGAGGAAUUCUUUGCACAUGCCGAUAUCGUCAGUGUACACAGUGUGUUAUCGGAUCGAAGCCGUGGAAUCCUUGGUGCGGCUGAAAUAGCAAAUAUGCGAUCAUCUGCAUUUAUCAUCAAUACUUCACGUGGGCCCUUGAUUGAAGAGCAGGCCCUCCUCGAGGCCUUGAAUGCGGGCCGCAUUCGUGGGGCCGCGUUAGAUGUCUUUGACCCGGAGCCAUUACCUCUCGAUAGCCCAUGGCGUACUACUCCCUGGGGACAAGAUGGACGCAGUGAAGUUCUGCUCUCCCCCCACAUGGGAUAUGGAGAAGAGGAUCUAUUGCGGGGGUGGUAUCGUGAAACAGCUGAGAAUUUGGAGCGGUGGUUGAAUGGACAGAAGCUACUACGUAAGAUGAACUGA